AUGGCUUCCGAAAGCGAUGAACACGUUUCUGACAUUUCUGGCGAUGAAAUAGACACUAAAAGCGAAGAAAAUGUUACUUUUAAGUCACUGGGAAUUGUGGAUGUCCUGUGUGAAGCAUGUGAGCAGUUAAAAUGGAAGGUGCCUUCAAAAAUUCAGAAAGAAUCUAUCCCAGUUGCUCUAGCAGGCAAUGAUGUCAUAGGUUUAGCAGAGACAGGAUCAGGAAAAACUGGGUCAUUUGCCCUGCCAAUUCUACAAACUCUUUUGGAGAGCCCUCAGCGCCUUUACGCCCUGGUCCUUACACCUACAAGGGAACUGGCCUUCCAGAUUUCCGAACAGUUUGAGGCUUUAGGGGCCGCAAUUGGAGUGAAAUGUGGAGUGAUUGUUGGAGGAAUAGACAUGAUGACACAGGCCUUGGUCUUGGCAAAGAAACCACACAUAAUUAUAGCAACACCUGGCAGAUUGGUUGAUCAUCUUGAGAAUACAAAGGGCUUUAAUCUCAGGUCUCUGAAAUAUUUGGUGAUGGAUGAAGCAGACAGAAUCCUCAAUAUGGAUUUUGAGGCAGAGGUUGACAAAAUCCUCAAAGUUAUACCUCGAGAGAGAACGACAUAUUUAUAUUCGGCUACAAUGACGAAAAAGGUCCAUAAACUACAAAGGGCGUCAUUGCGUAAUCCUAUCAAAGUGGAAGUCUCAAACAAAUACCAAACAGUAGAGAAGCUGCAGCAAUCUUAUCUAUUCAUACCUGUCAAGUUCAAAGAUGUCUAUCUGGUUUAUAUUCUAAAUGAGCUCGCUGGCAAUUCGUUUAUGGUGUUCUGCAGUACUUGUGCCAAUACACAGAGAGUAGCAUUGAUGUUACGGAACCUUGGAUUCACAGCAAUUCCUUUACAUGGGCAGCUUAGUCAGGCGAAACGACUUGGAGCACUCAAUAAAUUCAAGAGUAAAGACCGAUCCAUACUUAUAGCGACAGAUGUGGCUAGCAGAGGUCUCGACAUUCCCCAUGUUGAUGUCGUGAUAAACUUUGACAUACCCACACAUUCGAAAGACUAUAUCCAUCGUGUUGGGCGAACAGCCAGAGCUGGCCGAUCAGGAAAGGCCCUGACAUUCGUUUCACAGUACGAUGUGGAACUCUUUCAGAGAAUUGAGCACCUGAUAGGCAAAAAGCUACCAUUACAUAAGACAGAAGAAGAAGAGGUGAUGCUGUUAAUGGAACGUGUGACCGAUGCCCAACGAUAUGCAAAAAUGGAAAUGAAUGAGAAUGAUCCGAAACGAAAAAGGAGAGCAGGAAAACAUGAUGCGGGUGAUGACACCGAGGAGGCUUCGGGGGUGCGGAGAAAAUUCGGAAAGAAAAAGAUGAAAAGAAGUUGAGUUUGUAGCAUAUUGAAUAAAGUGUUAAAAUGUAUGUCGCAGUUAAAAUACAUGCAUUUGAAGAGGACUUGACCAGAGGGUCUGUGAAAGUGAACUUGAAAAAAACAUUUGAGCACAUCUUUACAUACUAAUGUCCAAUUUUGCUUUUGAGGACAUUUUCAAUUGUUUUUCAGACUGGUGUCAUAUCAAGUAAUAAUUUUCAUUUUAGUUGAUAAAGACACAUUCUGAUGAACAAGAUGGUACCAGUGACUCCAUUUGGCUGAAAAUGUUGGUUACCAUGUUUUGGCAUGAACCCCUUCAUUGAUGUAUGUUGUUAUUGUAUGAUUUGGUUUAAAAUAAAAAGUCAAACCUGAA